AUGGCUUUGAAGAGAGGCGCCGCCGGUGGAAAACUUCUACACACCAAGGGAGUUGGUGCUUCAGGCUCCUUCAAGGUGCCCAAGGGGGAAAAGAAGGAGAAGAAACCGAAGAAGCCCGCUGUAGAGAAGAAGUCCGCCGCCAAACCAAAGAAGCCCGCCGCCAAGAAGGCAGGGAAGAAAGCGGCGGUAAAAAAGGCCGCAAAUAAACUAGCGGCGAAAAAGCCAGUAGCAAAGAAACCCAAACCUGAAACUAAAAACAAAGCUACAAUUGAGCCCUUCACUAUGCCUGACGUUACGGCCAUAACCGAAGCCGAGUCGACGCCAUCGGGAGAACCAGCGAGUGAACCCGACAGCUCGACGACUUCCGAACCAUCAACCACACCUGAACCAAUGACAGAGCCUGAACCAGUGACAGAGCCCGAACCGACUACUAUAUUUACAGACUUUUGGCCAUAG